GCGGAAAAAGUAAGGAAGAAAGAGCAUCUCAGGAUGUUCUUCCGGGGCGUCCAGACAACCUCCGUAAAGAAUAAAGCUGGUUGACUCCGGAAGCGUUUCCUUCCAGGCUAAGUCCAUCUUCCGGCCUGGGCUGCCGUUGCCGCGGAAGCCUCAAAGCCAGUUUUGCUAGUCGAUGCAUAGUGAUGAACAAUUUAACAUUAAGGAGCUGGGUGUAUGAAAAACGGACCAAGAUCAAUCUAUAAAAGAUUGUGGCCAUGGCUGCGGAGUCUGAUGUUCUACACUUUCAGUUUGAACAGCAAGGAGAUGUGGUCCUACAGAAAAUGAAUCUCUUAAGACAGCAGAAUUUAUUCUGUGAUGUAUCGAUUUAUAUUAAUGAUACUGAGUUCCAGGGGCACAAGGUGAUUUUGGCUGCUUGCUCCACUUUCAUGAGAGAUCAGUUUUUACUCACACAGUCAAAACAUGUCAGAAUCACCAUUCUACAGAGUGCAGAAGUCGGCAGGAAGUUGCUGUUGUCCUGCUAUACUGGAGCGCUUGAAGUAAAAAGAAAAGAGCUUUUGAAAUACUUGACUGCGGCCAGUUACCUUCAGAUGGUUCACAUUGUAGAGAAAUGCACAGAAGCUUUGUCAAAGUAUUUGGAGAUUGAUCUUUCUAUGAAAAAUAACCAACACACUGACUUGUGUCAAUCUUCAGAUACAGAUGUUAAGAAUGAAGAAGAAAAUUCUGAUAAAGACUGUGAGAUCAUUGAAAUUUCAGAAGAUAGUCCUAUAAACCUAGAUUUCCAUGUCAAAGAGGAAGAAAGCAAUCCAUUACAAUCUGCUGCAGAGACACUGACAUCAGAGCGAAGGGGACUCCAGUCACCAGAGCUCUCAACAGUAGAUGGUGGCUUUAAAGAGAAUGAAAUUUGUAUCCUCCAUGUAGAAUCCAUCAAUACAGAUGAUGUGGAAAAUGGGCAGUUUUCACAGCCUUGUACCUCAUCCAAAGCAGGCAUGUAUUUCCCUGAAACACAGCAUUCGUUGAUCAAUUCAACAGUUGAGAACAGAAUGACAGAAGUUCCUGGAAAUACAAAUCAAGGGUUAUUUUCUGAGAAUUCUGAUGGAAGUCAUGGUACGGUAAAUGAGAUUCAGAAUUUGGAUGAGAAUUUUUCCUUGAGGCACCAGUGCCCCAGGUGUCCGCGGGGCUUUCUUCAUGUAGAAAACUAUCUGCGGCAUCUUAAGAUGCAUAAACUCUUUUUGUGCUUGCAGUGUGGGAAAACAUUUACACAAAAGAAAAAUCUUAAUCGGCACAUUCGAGGACACAUGGGUAUACGGCCCUUCCAGUGUACUGUGUGUUUGAAGACCUUUACUGCUAAAAGCACACUUCAGGACCACUUGAACAUACACAGUGGGGACCGGCCAUAUAAAUGCCAUUGUUGUGAUAUGGAUUUCAAACACAAAUCUGCUCUCAAAAAGCACUUAACCUCUGUUCAUGGCAGGAGCAGCAGUGAAAAGCUAUCUAGGCCUGAUCUCAAACGGCAGAGUCUACUGUGAUCAAAUCAAUGACUUUUGAAGUAAACAGAAUCUCUUUGUUAGACAUAUUUGUUUAUAAAAAUGCAGCAUUUGUAGUGUGUCACCUUCCCCCCCAAUCUGUAUAAUUUGUUUUUGUUCUUACUUGUUAUUCAUUCUGAACUUCUAAUAAUUCCAAAGUUGUGAGUGGUGUGAUUAAGUUUAUGAGAUUCUACGUUGUCUCAAAUAUUAUGUAUUAGUCCUCUGUUCAGUAAUUGCAGAUUCUGAUUUGUAGUUUUUAGAUGAGUAAUUUAAUGUCCAACUAUAUAGAACUUUAAUGAGGUGAGAUGACAAGAAAAUAGACUUGAAAGCAUAGUAUUGCACAUCACUAUUAAUCUUAAAAGCAGAUAGGACUAGCAAUUUUUUAAAAUUUAACCAGUGUUCUUGAGUUUUAACCAGAACAUCAACUAAAGGAGCACAGUUCAGAUUCACAUGAGGCCAGCAGAAUGUCCUUAGAAUUGCAUUACUUAAAUGUCCAACAGAAUAUAAUUAGGCCCUUUCACCCCUUCCAACUCUAAAUUCUACUAAGAGUUCUUCAUCAAUAUAACUUGUUCUAAUCUGUGGUGAUAUAAAACUGGAAUUUUGUGUUCCCUUUUGAUAGUUUUUAACCCAACAUAAUGCCAUUGAGCUUGAUUUAUGUGUAUAUUAGCAAGUCAUUAUAUAUAACAUAGUUGGAUUAACAUAGUGGCCAAUGCAAGUAUUUUCUUGGCAUAGAUUGGCAAGUUACUUUUCUCAAAUAUUCCACUUUCAUCAAAGACAUUAUUGUACUGUUUACUUAAGGUUUCUUUUUUGUUGUUGUUGUUUUGGCUUACAUGCACUAAAAUUGACCUUCUCUAUGGAAUUACAUUUCUACAAAUUUAAUUCAUAUCUAGUUGUCUGCAAUUAGGACACAGAAUAAUUCUAUCAGAUUCCAAAAUCCUCUUAUGCUGCUCUUUUAUAGUUCACCCCUUCCAACUCUAAAUUCUACUAAGAGUUCUUCAUCUGUGGUGAUAUAAAACUGGAAUUUUGUGUUCCCUUUUGAUAGUUUUUAACCCAACAUAAUGCCAUUGAGCUUGAUUUAUGUGUAUAUUAGCAAGUCAUUACUUUUUUACUCUCUUAUUUUACUUUUGUGUAGUAGUAUUUUGUAUUAUCUGUGUAGCCCAGGCUGGCCUCAAAUUUGCCUCAAUUCUUGAGCACUGAGAUUAUAUCUGGGCCCUUUUUUUUUGUUUUGAAUUGCCUAUGUAUGCAUUUUUUUUCAAGCAGUCACCAGGUUAAUAGUUUUAAUUUUCAAAAGCUACUAGAAUUAGUUAUAAUGUCUCAUUUGUAUGAAUAUCUGUACAUUCAAAACUUUUGCCCUUACAAUAAAGAACAAAAUUUACUGCUGGGCAAAUCCCCUUCCCUGACCAUAGGAAGAACUCACUUUUAAGCUGUCCUAUUUCUCUACAUAACUCAGUUCUGUGUAGAGUUUCUACUGUAUUUAAGUUCUAUUGACUCUUUUCUGUAUUUUAACAUGUAAUAUACUUUGUACUAUAUAAGAGUUUUGUGAAAAUCAUGUAGAUGUUAUAUAUAAUUUUUGUGACACUUUUGUGGGACUAAUGCUCUACAUAGAAUUUUUAACUCUGGGAAAGACUUUAAAGAAAAUAAGUUUCACAGUUACUUUAUAACCCAAGUCUCUAGUUAGUGACAUAGAGCAGGUCACCUGUCCUUCAAGUUUUCUUAAUUUUAUAUAAAAUAACUUUGAUCUUCAUAAUUUGUAGAAUUAUUUCUAAGUCUAAAUUUCUACAAAUUUAUAUUCAUGUGAACAGAGGAGACAUUUAUGUCUCUACAAACACUGCUAUUUGAGUACUGUCUUGGAAAUGGAACUAUUUUUAAGGUAAACAUUUUGUUCUACUGGAUAAUGGAAUGGUUCAGUGGCUAAUUUCCUUUCCCACAUGACUUAAUAAUGUCGUUAUAAUUGUGAACGUAUUUCCCUCAGAGAAACAGUUUGUGACCAAAGUGCUUCUCUUAUUUUUGCUUCCUGAAUUGAAUUUUGGAAGGGAGGGCUAGGGAUGGGUGAAGGGGGUAAACUAUAGUAAACAAUCUACUAUACUGUGUGUUUGGAACAUUUUGAUUGAAGGUGUUUUAAGUUUUAUUCGUGCCUUGUAAGAUUGUUGUAAAAUCAAAAUUUGUGAGCACUUUGAAAGUUUGCUUGUGGGAAGGGUGUUUUAUAAAGUAGUUUUUAUUUAUAUUAUUUAUUAUUAUUAUGUGGCAGAUUGAUUUCAAAACAUUCCUAGGAGCUAGGCAAAGUGCACAUGCUUGUAAUUCCAGCACUUGGGAGAUAGAGGCAAGAGAUUCAAUUCAGGGCCAGUUUUCCUUAUAUAUAGCUAAGUUUGGGGCCAGCCUCAUAUACAGGAGAUAUUGUUUUAGGAGAAACAACAAAAAAGUAAAAGAAAAAAAACAUUCCUGGGAGAGUAUCUGUUUGCAUGACAUUUCUGAAAAUUCAGCAAAGUAGAAUCUGUAAAGGUAUGUAGGUAUGACAAAGUAAAGUGUAGCAUUUAUUAAUUUUAAAUACUUUUAGCUGUUUGUUUAUGACCGAAAAAAGCAGUAUGUUUGGGUUGAACCUUGUAUGUACUGCAUUUAUAUGUGUAAAAGAUCUUGAAAAGGUAGUUGUUACUUUGUUGUAGAGAAAAUCCUUUCCUCUUUUCAUUGGAUGUAAUUAUGUUUGUAUGAAACAAUAAACUGGAGGUGGGAAUGGACAA